AUGUCAUCUACAGGCGGACCAGAAAGCGAACUACAUGAUGCCCGUCGACGCGAGCUGAUUCAAGCUUUGGAUGAUGCUUUAUCAACCAACAUGAUACGACCAACUGCCUGGGCGUGCCUCUGGCUUUCUGAUAUCCAGAAGCUAGAGGACCUUCUAGCCCAAGCUCAGAGGUCAUCUAUUAUGAUAGGAGCCUUUUUGGAAGCAAUAGAAACUACUACAAAAAUUGUUCCCACAUGGUGUCAACGAAAAGGCGCACCAACUGCUGCUUCUACUCCGCAGGACCCCUCUAUCCCUCGCUCUGAGCCAGCCCGAGACCAGGCUAGUCUAUCCUAAGUUUUAUCUUAAUUUAUCUAAUAAUCUCUAGUGCUAUCAGAGAGACCAAAAGAAAUGUAUCCUUACAAAGUCGGGCGAACCUAUUAAGGUGGCACAUAUUUAUCCGUUCUCGAUGCGGCAUGAAGACAAGAACGUCAAACAAACUGUCCCCUUUUGGCGGGUUUUGGAAAUGUUUUGGUCGAAGGAACGAGUCGAUG